AUGUUAACUGUUACCAACCACAGUACCCACCACAGUAUCCACCACAGUACCAACCACAGUACCAACUACAGUACCCACUACAGUACCCACCACAGUAUCCACCACAGUACCCACCACAGUACCCACCACAGUACCAACUACAGUAUCCACCACAGUACCCACCACAGUACCCACCACAGUACCAACUACAGUACCCACUACAGUACCCACUACAGUACCAACUACAGUACCCACCACAGUACCAACUACAGUAACCACCACAGUACCCACCACAGUACCAACUACAGUACCCACCACAGUGCCCACCACAGUAUCCACCACAGUACCAACUACAGUACCCACUACAGUACCCACUACAUGCCCACCACAGAACCAACUACAGUACCCACAACAGUACCCACCACAGUACCCACCACAGUACCAACUACAGUACCCACAACAGUACCCACCACAGUACCCACCACAGUACCAACUACAGUACCCACCACAGUACCAACUACAGUACCCACAACAGUACCCACUACAGUACCCACCACAGUAUCCACCACAGUACCAACCACAGUACCCACCACAGUAUCCACCACAGUACCAACCACAGUACCCACCACAGUAUCCACCACAGUACCAACCACAGUACCAACUACAGUACCCACUACAGUACCCACUACAGUACCAACCACAGUACCCACUACAGUACCCACAACAGUACCCACCACAGUACCAACCACAGUACCAACCACAGUACCCACCACAGUACCCACCACAGUACCAACUACAGUAACCACAACAGUACCCACCACAGUACCAACUACAGUAACCACAACAGUACCCACCACAGUACCCACCACAGUAUCCACCACAGUACCAACCACAGUACCCACCACAGUACCCACCACAGUACCCACCACAGUACCCACCACAGUACCCACCACAGUACCCACCACAGUGCCCACCACAGUACCAACUACAGUAUCCACCACAGUACCAACCACAGUACCCACCACAGUGCCCACCACAGUACCCACCACAGUACCCACCACAGUACCCACUACAGUACCCACCACAGUACCCACCACAGUACCCACCACAGUAUCCACCACAGUACCAACCACAGUACCCACCACAGUAUCCACCACAGUACCAACCACAGUACCAACUACAGUACCCACUACAGUACCCACCACAGUAUCCACCACAGUACCCACCACAGUACCCACCACAGUACCCACCACAGUACCAACUACAGUACCCACCACAGUACCCACCACAGUACCCACCACAGUACCAACUACAGUACCCACUACAGUACCCACCACAGUAUCCACCACAGUACCAACCACAGUACCCACCACAGUACCCACCACAGUACCCACCACAGUACCCACCACAGUGCCCACCACAGUACCAACUACAGUACCCACAACAGUACCCACUACAGUACCCACCACAGUAUCCACCACAGUACCAACCACAGUACCCACCACAGUAUCUACCACAGUACCAACCACAGUACCCACCACAGUAUCCACCACAGUACCAACCACAGUACCAACUACAGUACCCACUACAGUACCCACCACAGUAUCCACCACAGUACCCACCACAGUACCCACCACAGUACCCACCACAGUACCAACUACAGUACCCACCACAGUACCCACCACAGUACCAACUACAGUACCCACUACAGUACCCACUACAGUACCCACCACAGUAUCCACCACAGUACCCACCACAGUACCCACUACAGUACCCACCACAGUACCCACCACAGUACCCACCACAGUACCAACCACAGUACCCACCACAGUACCCACCACAGUACCCACCACAGUACCCACCACAGUACCCACCAUAGUACCCACUACAGUACCCACUACAGUACCCACCACAGUACCAACCACAGUACCCACCACGAGGAUACCUCUAUCUCAUUCUCCCAUGUCACGUGACAGUGAGUCCCCACGUCUCCUAGUCUGUGCUGAGAAGAGUUCUCACAAUUACCACCAGGUCCCUAGCUGGUCUAGCUGGUUCACUGACUCCACACCAACAUAA